AUGCUCUUCUUCAUCCACAAGUACUUCAGAAGGCUGAUGAAGGCUACUGGAGGAGACAAAGAAAGCAACAAGCAUGAACAAGGAGGUGAAAAUAAGAUAGAGGAGCCCUCUGAGGCAUGUGCCACCGGCUGCUGUUCCAUACCUUUACUAAAUCUGGUUGAAUCCGGCAACACAAAGCGGCAGAGGAGAGCCACCACCACUAGGAUCUCACGCUUGAACUUUGUGAAGCUGACGACAGAUUCCAUCUUCCCAAACACCAACUUUGUCAACGACGAGUCCCUGCCUGCCUUUCCUGAUGCCUUCUCCAGCUUCAUCACAGUCUACCCACAGUAUGGUGAGACACAGCAAGCAGAUCACAUCAGGAACAGCGAAUAUUAUCAUCUCUCGAGCCAUGUCUGCCUCGACUAUACUGGAUUCAGCCUAUUCUCCCACUCACAAAUGCACUCCUCUGUAGCAUCCUCAUCCUCUAAUCCUCCACCUUCGACCCUCUUGCAGCCUCCAGUCUUCAGCAUCUCUUACCAGUCAGCAAGCUUGAAAUCUCAAGUGCAGUAUGGGAACCAGGAUACUGCUCUGGAGUCGUCAAUUAGGAAGAGAAUCAUGCAUUUCCUCAACAUACUGGACGAUGAAUACAGCAUGGUCUGUACUGCAAACAGGAGUACAGCUUUCAGGCUGUUGGCAGAAUCCUACCCAUUCCAUGCCAACAAGGGGUUGCUAUGUGUAUAUGAUUACGAGAGCGAAGCUGUGACUGCAAUGAUCGAGAGCGCCCAAAAGAGAGGAGCCAAAGUCACGUCUGCUAGCUUCUCAUGGCCAAGUCUGAGGAUUCAUUCUGGGAGCUUAAUGGAGAAGCUAAGCAAGAGAAAGAAAAAGAAAAGAGGACUAUUUGUCUUCCCACUUCAAUCCAGGAUUACCGGGGCCAGGUAUCCUUACCUAUGGAUGACUGUGGCCAAGGAAAACGGAUGGCAGGUUGUGCUGGAUGCAUGUGCUCUGGGGCCGAAGGACCUUGACACCCUUGGACUGUCGCUGAUCCAACCAGACUUUAUCAUCUGCUCUUUCUUCAAGGUGUUCGGCGAAAAUCCAUCUGGGUUCGCAGGGCUCUUCAUCAAGAAGUCCAGCAUUGCAAUGUUGGAGCCAUCAACGAUCGCCAGGAGCAUUGGAAUAGUCAGCAUCAUCCCAGCAAGAAGGCUGUCACAGCAGACCGAUGAUUAUUCAGGAACAGACUUGGAUGCUCACUCGUCCAGAAACCAAUUCGAGGAGGAUGAUAUCGAGACAAUUAGUUCAUUCUCUGGUCCAAUUCCUACACAGAUCUGUAACGGUUCUGCUGGUGCAGAUGAUGUGUUCGGUGAAAGUGCUGUCACAGAAAAACAAAAGCAAGUCAAGAAGUCAAACCAGGGUGAGAGUUCCAAAGCACAAGAUGAGAAAGAAGAAACAUCAUCAAGUAUAGUAGAACUAGAAUUGGACCAUUCUAUGCAAGCAGUGGAGACCAUGUCUGGAGCAGACAAGAGUAUGGAGAUUGUGUGCAGAGGAUUAGACCAUGCAGACUCACUGGGUCUGCUACUCAUCAGCAGCAGACUGAGAUGCAUCACCAACUGGUUGGUCGUUGCUUUGAAGAAGCUGCGGCAUCCUCAUUCAGAAAGUGGCCAUUCCCUGGUUAAAAUAUACGGUCCACGAAUAAAAUUUGACAGGGGGCCUGCAUUAGCUUUCAAUGUGUUUGACUGGAAAGGAGAGAAGAUCAAGCCUGCAUUGGUACAAAAGCUUGCUGAUCGAAGCAACAUUUCUCUUAGUUGUGGAUUUCUGAAUAAUAUUUGGUUUGCAGACAAAUAUGAAGCAGAGAAGGAUAAAGUCUUGGAGAGAAGAUCAUCCUGUGAAAUAACAAUUGCAGGUAACAAAAAGAAAGAAAAUGUUAAUAUGGGAAUAAGUGUCGUAAAUGCUUCCCUCAGUUUCCUCACUAACUUUCAGGAUGCUUAUAGACUAUGGACUUUUGUUGCUAAGUUUCUAGAUGCAGAUUUUGUUGAGAAGGAAAGAUGGAGAUACAUGACUCUGAACCAGAAAAUGAUUGAGAUUUAGUAUGAUUGAGCUGGAUUGUCUGUAGUUGUCUGUUUUCUGCUUGAAGUUUCCACAGAGCACUGAAUAGUGAAUAUACAUUCUUUUACCGUA